ACGGUGUCCAGGAGAAUGCGCGAUCUUGGAUUCUCUGGUGCCAGAGCCUCAUACAGCGAAAUGACGGAUGAUGAGCUUGAUCAUGCAGUACGGAGAGUUAAAGCAAGACUGCCAAAUGCCGGGUACAGAAUGGUGAAAGGCUGCCUCCGAGCAGAGGGACACAAAGUCCAGUGGGAACGGGUGGCUCAGUCCAUGCACCGGGUCGAUGCUGACGGGGUGUUCCACAGAAUGAUGCAGCUUGGGUGCAUUGUCAGAAGAACCUACUGUGUCCGCCGUCCAUUGUCCUUGGUCCACAUGGACACUAACCACAAGCUGAUACUGUAAACUUCCUGAAGUGCCAUCAUCAGACACCAUACCAAAGCACAAUGUCACGGCACGUUAUAGGCCUACCCUAGAUGGUUUCCAAAUUCUAAUUUAAAACCAUAUAGCCCAUAUUGAAUAAAUGUCAAAGCAUUUAAACUAAUAUGCAUAGAAGCGACAAAAUGUGAGUGAUAUAUUAAACAUUUAUUCUAUAUUUGACUGAAGACAAGUUGAGGAAUACAUUUAGGAAUAAAAUGGUAACUAAUGAAUUUUCGAUUCGCAGUAAACAUAUUAUCAUGUGACUCCCUCUUGCUUUUCAGGUACAACAUUGUGAUAUUCGGGGCAAUCGACGGCUAUUCUAGAAAGAUCAUGUACCUGGGGCCAGCAAACAACAACAGAGCGAGCACAGCUCUUACAUUCUUUCUGGAAGCAGUGGAGAAAUAUGGUUGGCCUUCCAGGGUCAGAGGUGAUGAAGGUGUUGAAAAUGUGGCAGUAGCUGAAGCUAUGUUCAGCGUGAAAGGCACUGGAAGAGGUAGCUUCAUAGCUGGAAAGAGCGUUCACAACCAAAGAAUUGAGCGACUGUGGCGAGAUGUCUGGGUCAGCGCCACUCAGCUGUUCUAUGAGGUGCUUCACAGUCUUGAGGAAGACGGCCUGCUGGAUUUGUCCAAUGUUGUUCACCUGUUCUGUGCCCACCAUAUCUUCAUCCCGCGUUUGGCCAACACCCUCCAUACCUUUGUAGAGGCAUGGGAUAACCACCCUUUAAGGACUGAGGGUGGACUCACCCCCAACCAACUCUGGGUUUUGGGGCACAUGACUGAUGUGGAAGCUGAAGAAUCUGAGUAUUUACAGAACCCAGAGAUGUUCGGGACAGACUGGGAGUCAUUUGGUCCGGUCUCAAAUGAUUUUGGCGUUCGAGUCCCAGAAUAUGAGUGCCCCAUUGCUCCAGCUGCAAUGGAAGCCGUGAGGUCUAUUAUCAAUCCUCUGGCAGAUUCUGCAUCAUUUGGGAAAGACCUGUAUGUCACCAUGUUGCAGAUUGUUACAUCUACCGGUAAUUAGUAUUACAAUGUUUUCACUCAAUGUAAAUAAAACUUGAGUAUAUCACAUUCAUAUAAUCAUUUGUUGGUGUGUAUGUCUGUUCACAAGUUUUUGACCAUUGAAAUUCUUUACAUAGAAAUUCAUGGUAAAUCAA